GUUUUCUUUCAAUGAUCUGAUCAACUAAAGUUUUCGCCUAUCGUUGGGGUCAGACUGUGUAUAUGAGGCGGGAAGAAUAAGCAAGUCUUCUUCGUUCUCCCUUUACAAGUCAAAACCAUAGUUAAAAACUUAUAAACUAAACCCUGUAAUUUCACAAAACCCAACAACUCCAAACAGAAAACAAAAAUGGUGAAAUCAAACCCAAAAAUUCCAGACAGACAAACGAGAAGACGUUUGAAAGUCAUGCAAAUGCUUAAACAAAAACCCAUGAAAACCCUCCUUUUCCAUUACAAAACCGCCACUAAUAAUUCAACUUCAUCUUCUUGUGAUCAAAAUUUUCAUCUUCAACAACAAAAAACGUUCUUCAACUCCAAAAAUGAACAAUUACCACUAACUCCACCUCCAUUAAAGAACAAGAAACAUUCAAGAUCACCCAGUUACACUUCCUCUACUUAUGGUACUUGUUUUUCUUCCUCUCCUCCUCCAUCUCCUUCUUCGCUCUCCUCUCCUCCUCCUAUGCCGUCUUUCUUAGACCCGAAAUCCCCACAAUUCUGUCUUCUGCGCUGCAAUUUCUCAACUGAACCUCAGUCUCUCUCCUCCUCUGCUACUCCUCACCCUCACCUUCUCCGCCGAACUUUUUCCGACCCACCAAUUUUUUACACUGAUUCAAGCCCUGAUCAUAGCUCCACCUCCAAGAAAAUGAGGACUAUGAAGCAAUCAAUGAGUCAAUCGCCACCAGUAUCUCGCAAUUUAAUGAAUUUACUCCCGCCGCUUCCGCCGCCACCAUCGCCGAAGCUACUGAGGAGGACUGUCUCUGACCCUGUUCCACUUGUGUCUGAUACUUCUAAGGAGAACAUCAAAGAACAAAUAGUGAAGGCAGAGAAGUUGUCGAAAGAUUGGAUAAUGAUCAAAUUCAAAUGUGGAUGUGGCCGUGAUUCACAAUUUCUCUGCGAUGCGGCUGCCGAUAAAUGCUACAAGCUCGUUUGAGUCAUUUUGUUGUUGUUGUAGAUUUUUGAUUGUUUUCUGUGUUCUAGAUCUCAUUCUUGUUAUCUUGUUCUAAAUGUAUGAUUUUGAUUGUCGAUUAGUUAUAAAUUUAGGUUAGGCUUGUUAUAAACCCAUUUUUUUGCUUCCAUAUGAAUUUGUAGUAUAGGAAUUAGGAAAUUAAGAAAUCAAGAUUCAUAUGACAAGUUACUUAAUUCAAAUUGUAA